AUGAGGUGUUGUGGUACAUAUACAUUACUUCUCCUUCUUGCUAUUUUUCAGACCAUUGCAUUUAUCUUAAUAGUGGUUGCCACUCCUCCUGAUGUAUUCCGCUCUUGGGAUUCAAAUGUCUGCUACAGUUUAUUUGGAGAAAAGAAGAGCUGUGGUAGAUAUGGUGGAUCUGUCAAGAGUUCUUCAUGGGGAUGUGAACGACGGGAGUCUACAAUGAAUGCUGCCGCUGCCUUUGCCAUUAUAAGUAUUGCCUUUUCUUUGAUUGCGACCAUAAUGGCCUUUCUUGCGUAUUUCCGUCUUUGUUUUGUCCGCCUGGGUUUAUUUAUCAUGACGCUUCUCACUGCCAUUACAUUGUUAAUAAGUUGGGCUUGUAUUGCGGAUGUUUAUCAUAAGCCAAUGUGUGGAAGUUCAGCCGGUUUGAAAUCCACGUACAGCUACGGCCCAGCAUUUGGGUUAAUUGUGUUUACUUGGGUUUUGGAGGUGUUUCUGUUCAUAUUGGCUGUGAUUGUAACCUUUUAA